AGCAAUAUUUAUCCCUAGCAGCAGUCAACACUGAACCAAUAAUGUACAACGGAAUAUUCUACCACCCUGAUGGCAGAUUUUCUCAAAACCAAUCCGCGAGACUGGAUAUUGAAAUGGCAAAGGAAAACAUGUGGAUGUUCUUACAAAGUCAACGAGCCCCGGCACCACCCAUUGAGGCAAUCUUAAAACAGAAUAAAGAUAUUCUACAAAAAAUAUUAAACAAAAAGAGAGAUUGGAUUCAUGUUAAGGAUCACAAACUUAGAAAUGCUCUUCACCAUGCGGCUUCUAUAGGUUACCAAGAUGGUGUUCAGUUGUUACUUAAAAGUUGUGAUACAUGUCAUAUGGAAACAGACAAAGAUGGGUUUUAUCCUCUUCAUUUGGCUUCCGCAUGUGGGCAUACUGAAGUGGUAAAGCAAUUGCUAGAAAUUUGUCAAAAUCCCAAAGAAAUAGUUGAUCAGAAAGGCCGAAAUAUUGCUCACAUUGCGGCUAUAAUGGGUCAAUUCAAUGUGAUAAGGUACAUAUUGCAAAGUGAAAAAGAUGAAGUUAAAGACAUGAUAAAUGACAAGGAUUAUGAUGGAAACACUCCCUUGCAUUGGGCUGCCUCAUAUUGUCAUCCAAAAGUUGUGCAAGCCUUGACAUGGGACACAAGGGUUGAUCUCCAUUGGUUUAACAACGACAACCAAACAGCUCUCGAUGCUUUUGAGAAAUUUAAACAAGAAGAUAAUCCACCCUUCCCACAGCGGCUAACAUGGUGUCUACUAAAAUCUGCUGGCGUCCAACUGUAG